CUGAUUGAAGACGAGAUCUCGCGUUUUGCGCGCCCCUCGCGUUACCACACGCGCGAUGAACGCCGUCGUCUCACGUCCACCGCCGCCGCCGCGCGGACCGGUUUGAGCGCCGCGAUAUACACUGACUGCAAACGCGACCACCGGACCAGCACACGCACCGGCCACAGCCGUCCAGCGGACGAGACCGUCGCGUGCGUUUCGAGCGGUUUGCGUAGUCCGAUGCGAGCACACGGGCUCUAAGGUCGUUGUUACUGUACUACUGCAGGUGAUUUUCUAUUGAUAGACAGACAUUAUGAUUGAUAUAUCAUCGAGAUACAUCGUUGUGUAGAUUCAUAAAUAAUAAUAAUCGGAGGCCGUGGAAACGCCGAAUCCGUCGAAAAAUAUGUCGAUGGCGGUGAUUUCGGAGCAGCCCGCAACGGUCAACGGACGACGAGUCAAAAUUAAUCAAACGGCCAGGGCGGUGCGAAAGAGUCACGAUAACCAUCACGGGAGAUGUGGCACCGGACCAUUUGUCGGCGGCGAUAGCGAUCGUGACAGCCGCUGUCAACGGGACGUUGACGGUGACGAUCGGACGUCGGCCGGACUAAAAAUAACGAGCUUGGGUGACGGCGACGUCCACUAUUUGGAACGGCCCGUUUGGGUGACGCGCGACUGCGGCGAAAAGCCGGAAAACGCUGAAGCGCCCGCCGAUUGGACGAAACACCGAACGGGCGGCGGCGACGCCGCGGAUUCGGACAUCGACGCGACGGUCGACGGUGCCGCAGACGGUUACCAUCCGGUCCGGCGACGACUUGUCGCGGACUCCGAAAGCGGCGGCGGCGGCGGUGACACCGCCACAGUUGCAGCAGCGGACGACGUGUCACCCGAACACCGACAACGGCGGCAGUUGCACGACCGCAAACAGCAGUGGUUCGGCAAUUGUUGGCGGCCGAAACCGUCGUCUGCGGUCACCGACGUCGUCCACCAGCAUCACCACCGCCGAGUGCACCGGCACCGUCACCAUCACACGCACCAUUUGCACAUGUGGACGAGUAGUUGCUGCUGGUGGCUGUUGGUGUUCUACGCGGUGGUCGUGGUCGUCGCGUCGUUCGCCCGAGCUGCGCAUUCCGCCAAAGACGUUCCAGUAUACCACGUGAGAGCAGUCGCGGGGCAGCAAGCUCGUUUACCUUGUGAUAUAUCAUUGGUAUCCGACGAAGAAGAUUUAUCAGAUUCAGGAGUUGAUUCACCGCCCCUCGAUGGUGAAAGUUCCCUUGCAUCUGGUGCAAAUUUACGCGACGCAGUUCUACUGGUUUUAUGGUACCGUGAUGAUCUGGGCACACCUAUUUACAGCGUGGAUGCCAGAUCUUCUUCUCAUCAGCCUUAUGACUCCACGUCAUAUCAUUUGAUGACCACGGGCGCAGAAAGAUGGUCUGAUCAACGAGUGUUUGGUGACCGAGCACAUUUUCAUGUUAACGCAGGCACAACAGAAGAAGAAUUGAAAUCGAAAAUAAAUAAUCAAAAAAAAUCGACUGUGUCAACAUACUACUCUUCGGAAUUGCGAAUUGACAGAGUCAGUGAAAAAGAUGCGAUUCACCUUUACCGGUGCCGAGUUGAUUUCAGAUUAGCUCAAACCCGCAAUUCUAAAGUUAAUCUAACUGUGAUUGUGCCACCGGAUCGCAUGGAAAUUAUGGACUUGGCCACGGGUCGACAGCUAUUACGACGACAAGAUGGCGAUAACUUUAAUAGCAAAAAUGAUCGAGGGUCAGAGGCAUCUACCACGACUACUACGACGGUCGUGGGGCCUUAUGUCGAGGGAUCGGAUGUGCGUGUUCGCUGCCGGGUAUAUGGAGGCAAACCAAGACCUCGUGUAGCAUGGUUUCGAGAUAACCGUUUAUUAAAACCAGAAUCAGAUGAUCCUGAUGACAUCAAUGGAGCUCAACAACAAGAUGUCACUGCUAUUGACGGUUACGCGACAGCAACUGUUACUUCAAGCUCGUCCACUUCUACUGGAGGUGACAACUCGGAAGGAAUUUUAGAAGUAGAUUUGACUUUAACAGGAUUAACACGAAGCGAUUUGCACACUGAGCUCACUUGUCGGGUGUGGAAUUAUUUUUACGACGAUGAGGAAUAUUCAAUCAUUGUUACCAACAGUGGUUCCAGUUACAUUGAUACUAGUAUUGAAAAAGAAAAUAUGAGUGGAGAAGUUGAUCCCAGUCGUUGGACCCAGAGACAACGUCAGUCUUCGCUGACAGCCGUCGUGCAUGUGGAUAUGAAUUUUCCACCGUUGACUGUUCAAAUCCUACCGAUCGCAGAAAAUGGCCACUUAAGUGGUAUUGACAACGAUUUAGAGCCGCCUCCGUUCACACAAUCUUCGGCGAAAAUGACAUCAUUAACGUUACCUGAAGACGAUGAUCGUUUGUCUGUGCACAGCAGCAAGAUUCAAGAACAUCGUCAGCUGCAACCAUUAACGGCUGGGAGGAAAUACGAGUUACCGUGUCGGGCUUACGGGUCUCGACCACCGGCAAAGCUAACAUGGUGGAUGGACGGACGGCGAUUAGACACUACCCGAGAGACAACUUCAACUGACGGAAACUCGACGACAAGUGUAUUGACGUUUGUACCUGUUAAGCCAACGACCAAAUCACGUUAUCGAGAACCCGGAGAAGCUGACGAGCAUAGAAUACCUGAUUAUGACGGCAGGUUAACUUGUAGGGCCGAAAACCCACAGCACCAACUGUCGACGUCCCAGCGUAAGCACACAAUAGCGGGUGGUAGUGAUUCGUCUGAUGAUGCUGGAACACCUUUCAUACAAAGCACAUGGUUGUUACGUAUACAAUAUGUUCCCGAGACUCAAAUCACAUUGGGUACAAACUUACGAGCAGAUGACAUACGUGAAGGUACAGAUGUUUAUUUUGAUUGUACAGUGGAUGCGGUGCCGCCUGCAUAUAAAGUCCAAUGGAAACGAGAUGGCGUUGAACUUCAUCACAAUGCUGGCGGAAGUGGUUCGAUAACUGGAAGCGGAUCAACCACAACAAUUAUUAUCAGUAAUCAGUCAUUGGUGUUACAAGGAGUCAGUCGCCGUGAGUCGGGUCAUUAUACAUGUGGUGCCGAAAAUGCUGAAGGUCCCGGACCUCAUAGCAAGUCUAUUUACCUUGAUGUUCUCUACGCUCCGACGUGUACACCGAGUAAUAGUGCUGGGAAAGCUGUUCAACGAGUUGUUUAUGGUGUAGCAAAAAAAGAAACCGUAACGAUUGCUUGUCAUGUACAAGCUAAUCCUCCACCAACAGAAUAUCGUUGGUCAUUCAACAAUACAAUUUCUUCAAUUGCUACUGGUGGUGGUCCUGGGUCGACUUCAACGGGAUCAUUAAUAAAACAACGAUUCAGUAGUAUUGGAAAUUUAGCUGGUUCGUCUUUGAAUUCAUCAAGAGUUUUAACUUAUGCACCGAGAACAGAUUUUGACUAUGGAACGGUUGAAUGUUGGGCUCGAAACCGAGUGGGUAUGCAAGCACAUCCCUGCGUCUAUCACGUUAUUGCUGCAGGUCGACCAGAUCGUGUAACUAAUUGUACAGUAGUGAACUCUAGAGCUGCCAUAAAUCUAAAUGGUACAAGAAGAUUAAGAAGUUCCAAAAACUCAGGAUCUCACAUUUUUAUAAGAUGCACUGAAGGUUACGACGGUGGCUUACCUCAACGUUUAUGGGCUGAAAUCAGAGAGGAUUCUAAAGUCCAACAUUCGGACUUAGGUGGCGAUGAUUUAAGUGGAGAUUUAGUACUUAAUGUCACAGGUAUUGAUGAACAAGACCAACCAGGUUUCUCAGAUUUAAAUUCGGAUGAAAAUAAAAAAUCGGAAAAUGCAGCUUCCCCACCAGUAAAAGUAUUUGUUGCAAGAGGAUUGAAACUAGGAGCUGUUUAUAGAGUGGAUGUGAUGGCUAGUAAUGCCAAAGGGAGGUCAGAACCAUUAACAUUAAUGGUAUCAAUACCAAUGGGGAUGACGGCAGUUGAUUCUAAUGAACAAAAUCAAAAUGGAAUUUCAAAUACAAUGACCACAAUUGAAGGUCAAGAUCCUGACAGAGCUCGAAAUUUACUACUGGAACAACAACGAGAACAAGAACGUGAUCGGAGGCUGCAAGAGAACGGCGGCGGCAUGGGUGACUUUCGGAUGACGCGGGCCAUGGCCAUCGUGCUGCUCGUUGCCGGGUCGCUGGUGGUGGUCGCUUGCGGAGCGGCCACGUUCCUGCGGUACCGCCGGGACGACGACGACGACGACGACAACGACGAAAACGACCGGGACAACGGCCGCGGACCGGAACGGACCGUGGUGGACGCGAGCACGGUUUGCAUCGCCGGGCCCAAGCCGGAAGGACCGGUGCACUGUCAGCCGGCCAGCGCGGACGGUGGUUGCGCGGUGCCGCCGCCGCCGCCGAACGGCUCGAUGCCGAACAACAACAACAACAACGGGGGCGCGAACAACAGCGGCGGCAAGAACGUGACCGCGUCCGACGGCGGCAAGGAGUUCCACUGCGGCGGCAACGUGGUCGGGGGCCGAGUGGUCGGCGGCCUGCAGAGGAUCUGCAGCAACACGAUCGGCAGGGGCGGCGCGGUCCCGGUGGACGCCACUUGCGCGGACGGCGGUGGACCGCUACAGGACUCGGUAUCCGGGACGCCGAUCGCGCUCGUCCCGCCGUCGCGCGCGUCCCCGACGACCCUUUUGCGCGGCACGCCGUCCUCCAACAGCGCGCAACAGCAGUACGGCGCUACGUGCAAGCCGCCGUUACAGCAGAAAAUGUCGCUGUCGGGUUCGGCCACCUUCGACCAACCGGGACCGGGACGAAUGCCGCAGUCGUACCACAGCAAGAACCCGGACAUCAUUCCGGCGCCGCUCAUGUCGCCCGGCAACGUUUACAACAACUACAACGGCGAUCAUGGUGACCCAGUUGACUCCAUGACUCAUAUUAUGGCUUCGUCUACGUCGUCAUCUCCGAUACACAACCACCGUCAACAGCAAGUCCACCACCAGCACAACCGUUAUAACCCACCAGGACAAUACCAACCGGGCGUCAUGACGCUCCGUCGGCCCGUCGUUAUCAAUACGCAAUAUUAUGGUGGAGGUAAUCUUCAAAGACACAACCAACAACCAUCCGAUCCGAUCGUCAUGGUCAAAGGCGGCGUUUCGGCGGGAGCCGUCAAUUAUCCGACGACAACGUCUUCAGCCGCGGCCUACUGCACCCUACCGCGGUCCUCUUACCACCACCAUCACCACCACCACCAACAACAACAACAACAACACCACCAAAGUCACAACCCACACGGCCACCCACACCACCAUCAACAACAACAGCAACACUGGCACCAGCAACAGCAGCAACAACAGGCGCACCACCCGCAGCAGCAGCACCAGCACCAGCUUCCCGCCGACUUGAAAGUGGACGUGGUCGAACCGCCGCCGCCGCCCUGGCCGCCGCACAACCUCGCGGGCGCUUAUCCGGCGACGGUGAUUGUCGUACCGUCACCACCGUUGCCCUCGCCGCCGGUACCGCAGCCGACGUCGACGGCCGCGGCGGUCAUCGUUCCCGCGCCGGACAAACUUCAAACGGUCAACAAACGAGAGAGCGCGGUAUGACCGCGUCGGAGCACGGACGUCUGAACGACGGAUAUUAUAAAAAGUAUAAAAUGAUUAUUAUUAUUUUACUGUUAUCGGUUAGCAAAUAGUUAUAAGUAAUAAAAUUCGAUUUCGUUUGUUUUGUUCGCAUUACUUUUACCAGUUUUACCGUUAUGGGUUUCGUUUUCGUUAUUGUUGGGAUUUUUAUUCUGACUUGUAAAUUAUUAUAUUAUUAUUAUUAUAAUCGAUUAUUUACGACUUCUUGUACCGUACUAUACCUGACGUGUGUAAAACCCCACACACACACAUAUAUUAUACACGCACUCACACACACACCCACUCCCAUGUCCACAAUAACACACAUACGUCGUUUGCACUUAAUUUAUAAUUUACCUUUCCCUCCUCAAAAAAAAAAUCCAACUCUUCCCGUUAGCAGAACACGUUCUUUUAUAAAAUAUAUGAAUAUAUGAAUAUAAAAUACAGUUGUA